UCUUAUUUUCAAAUUUUUUUUACGGCACUUUCCUUUCUCAUCACGUCCACGUUGGUUGAAUUUGAUCUACAUUGAUUUUGUGCUCGCUGCUAAGGAAGGUCCAGUGACUUUGUCAUGGAGCAAGGCAUUUAUGCAGACUUGGUUGAGGGCUCCUGUCGUGUUUCGACUCUAGCAAAUAAUUGGAGAGAUUCUCACUCGACCGAUCCUCAGAGAUGCCGAAAUUCUUUUUAUGAACUUAUGUUUAGUUGUGCCAGAAUAGCAUUUAAUAAUACCGUCUCUGAAACAUUGAUUUCUCUUCAGUCAGAAUUGCCUGCUGCUGAAAAAAACUGUCCAAUCCUAGAUAGACACUUCAGCGCCCGUCUGGAGAUCUUUCUCAUUCUUUGUUUCAAAGAUAUUCCCAUUGAACUCUUGCAAGAUGCAAAUUUUUGGGAUACUGUCACAAUCAUCACUAAUAAAUUGAUGGAGCGUAACGAGAAAUGUAGUCGUUAUGCAUCAGCCAUUUUUGGUCUUAAAAUUAUGGAUGCCAUGAUUGUUGCGCACGAUGAGCUCGGUAAUCCUGAACUUGAAGGGGAUGAUGAAAACCAAGAAACUACACCUCCGGGUGGGAUAGCUUUGAGAAUCUUCCAAACUCUGUUGAAGGCUUGUUUUCACCUUGCUUACAAGGAUGUUGAAUUUGGUAUCAAAAUGAAAGCGCUAUCAGCUUUGAAGAAUUGGAUGUCUAAGUACCCUGAAAUGAUCUUACAACCUCUUUACUUUCGCUACAUUUCAUGGAGUGCUUUCUCCAAAACUAAAAGGAUCAGAAUUCUAUGUCUAGAGAUGUCGAAGACGAUCUUUGAGAGGCCAGAGUCUGAAGAUAUCCAAGCUUUUGCUGAAAGAGAAAUUCGAGUCCUCAAUUGGCAGCUUACAGUUGAGAGCCCUGAUGAAAUUUGUUUAGCAACGGAAUGUUUGAUUCUUAUCUUCAAAAAUUACCCCUCUGUCGCAGAAGAAAUUCGCCUUAAUGACCUUUAUAGCAACAUAUUUCACAAAAACAAAGCUGUUGCCCAAGUUACGGCCAAGUUCAUUCUUGAGACUCUAAGAAAAAAUAACAGUCCCGAAACUACUGUUAUCUCUCUUGCACGUUUUGCUGAGAAAGUCUUGAUAAGUGACCCCUUAUUACCCGAAACUCGUCUUUCGGACCAUGAGCUGAUAGAGUCUCUGCGUAUUUUCGUGAAUUCUUUCUUUGAAAUCUCUGAAGAAAUUUUCGAUGUUGACGCACUGGUCGAGAUUUUCAAACGAGACAACGAAACGCCGUCUUUCAAGCACUUCACGGCGUCUUUUCUGAAAGCCAUCGCGCAUGAAGCCUAUGAACCUACUUCCUUCCGAUCAUCAGGAAAGGAUAAUGAAGAUGAGGAAAAUGACGACAGGAAUUUUGCUGUCAAAGUAACCGAUGAAGUUUUGAAGUGCCUUGGCUCGAUCAUUUCCACGCACAGAGAUGACAAAGUUACUUUACAGAACAUGCUGGGCAUAUGCCAAUUCUUCCAAUGUGGCAAUGACUUGCCGUUCAAUAAUGAGGAUUUGGAGAAUCUCCUGAUGAAUAUAAUCCACGUCUUCAGUAAUUCAACGGAGCCCAGUGUGUGUGAAAAUUGUGUGAAAGCCUUACAUACAUUGAGCAAAAAAUGUACUAAAGAAGAAAAUAGGAUUGCGUUCAAUGCUAAAACCAACGCUUUAAUCGAUAGUCUUGUCCAAGAGCUUGAGAAGUCAUUCGAAUUUUGGGAAUCGCAGCUGGGCUCUGCAGCUUACUAUGAAGAACUGACAUCCAUCCAAAGAAAAUUAUUUUACUUGCAUCCUUAUUUCAAAAUACCUCUGACAACUUUUAGAGGUUGUGAGAUUUUUGUCACCUAUUUUUGUCAAAUAUUCAAUUCAGGACCAGAGACUCUGAGCGAAAUAACCAUUUGGCACGAGGUGAUUGAGCUUUGUCUUGAAAUGAUGGUCAACCAUGUAAAAUCUGCUAUAGAGGAAGAAGACAAUGAAAAGUUAGUGAAGCAUUGCGUGGCAGUGUGUCUCCAGUACUUCCCUAAAUGCAUGCGCUACCGGUGCACCUCAAAUCCAUUUGUCUAUUUUGUAUCGUCUUUCACCUCCAGUUUCCGCAUCAUGAAACUGCUCUCGGAAAAGAAAUUGCUCGAAGAACUAGUUGACCAAGAGACAAGAAAGAAUAUGGAUCUCUCUCUCCUUCACUUCAUCAAAAAACACAUGGUACCCUUCCAAGAUGACACCACAACAAAUAUGAUGGCGGAAUUGUGGACAGAGUUUUCAGAGUGUCUUUUAAUUCCUGGAUUAGUAUCCUUUCGUAUGCUCUUCGGCCUGCUAGACGUUGCAGUUGAACAAGCGGAAAAUUCAGUUUUCCAGAAGGCUUUAAUAGCAACCCUAGCCGUCGUUUUCAAUCAGAAAGAGAAACCUGAAAUUUUCUUUGAAUGUUUGUUGCGAUUCUUAAUCACGAUUUUUAGACGUUCAACUUCUGUGAAGCUCCUGAAUAAUGCAAAGGCUGUGUUUGCUGAAUUAGCAAAGAAAGUAGCAAAAGACGACAUUCAGAUCAGCCUUGGAUUCUACCAUUUCCAUAUCGAUGCUAUGGACAGGAUUAUCAAUGGUAAUCUAUCGCCUGAAUUCUUGCGAUGCUUGAAAAUAGCUCUUUGUUUCUUGGAUUUUAAAGCCUCUGAUGAUCUGAGAAGAUAUCUUCAUGAAAACGUAGAUCAAGGUACAUUGAGAAAUUUUUACUUCAAAGCUUACUUAUCUCAGUUACAGCGAAACACACACUUAUGAACAUACAUCUAUUCUACUUUGUUGCCAAA